AUGGUGGAUAGAAUGAUGUGGAGUGGCUCGGCUAAAGGUUUGUUUUCAAUUAGAAGUGCUUACCAUCUAGAGCACUCGAGGGUUAGAGCGGGCAAAGGUGAGUAUUCAAUGAUGGCUGAGGCUGAACAAGUUUGGGAAUCAAUCUGGAAGUUGAAUGUACAAGGGGUUGUGAAGCUCUUUUUAUGGAAAGCUUGUCAUGAUUUAUUACCCACAAGAUUGAAUUUGUUUAAGAAGCUUGUCAUUGAAUGCAACAAAUGUCCAGUUUGUGAGAAUGAGGUGGAGACAACUAUCCAUGCGGUGUGGUGUUGUCCAACGGCCUCUGAUGUAUGGGCAGAAAGUGAUAGCCCAGUGCAGAAGUGGGCUGUUGCAAAACUGGAGUUUAUAGAGCUGUGGAAGAAGCUGAAUUCCAGCUUGGAUGGAGAUGAGAUUGAGUUAGUAGCUUGCACUCUAAGAGGUAUUUGGCUGAGAAGAAACUUAUUAAUUUUUGAAAAGAAAUUUGAGAGCCCGAAAAGAAUCUUGAGUGCUGCAAAGCAAGGAAGGGAUGAGUUUAUUGCUGCCAAUCUUCAGAAUUUCAAAAGUAAACCAGAUAGAGGAGAAGUUAAGUGGCAAAAACCAACAAAUGUGCUCGGCAAGUUUAAUUGGGACGCAUCAAUCAGUGUGCAGGAAAAGAAGGUGGGAAUUGGUGUGAUUGCGAGGAAUGUUGAUGGGGAUAUUCUGGCAUGUUUGAGCUCGGGGAUUCAAGCUAGUGUGAAGCCAGUUUUGGCUGAAGCAUUAGCCUUGAGAAGGGCUAUGUUCUUUUGUCAGGAAGUGGUGAUUUCUUCAGCAUGCUUUGAAGGGGAUUCCCAGAUUGUAGUGAAUGAUGCGAAUGGCAAAGAGGAGGUCUGGGCAGAGCACGGGGUUGUCAUAGAAGAUAUUAGGAAGAUGUUGGGUGACAAACCGCAAUGGUCUGUACAGUUUACAUACAGGAAAGCCAAUAAUACAGCUCAUAUACUUGCAAAGUUAGGAAUUAAUUGUAAUGAGGAGAAUGUUUGGAUGGAGGAGGGUCCCUUACAGAUAAUGAAUUCUGUGAUGAGGGAGAAAUACUGUAAUUCUUUUGAAUAG